UACACAAACCCGACCCAUUUGAAGCUACUGAUUACUAAAGAAGGGUUUUACAAAGAAAAUCGGCGAGAGGGUUUUGCCCAUCAAAAUCCAAAUUCAAAAUGAGAUCGAUUUGGCCGUAAUGACAAUCAUGCCUUAGAGUAAAUAAUAAAUAAUAAUAAUAAUCAAAAAGUGGUAGAUGCCAUGGCCGAAGAAAAAGAUGAGUCUACAACAAACCCUUGUUGUACUUUGUGGAAAGAUAGAUUUUUGAAGCUGCAACAAAAGCUUAAGAAGGCGGAAGAAGGCCGGGCGUUUCUUAAGGAGGCGGUCAAGGUUUACGAGGGACAAUGUGAUAAGGUGCAGGCUGAAUGUCUCAAGUUCAAGACUGCUUAUGAGGAGGAGAAGAUGAAGAGUAACUGUGAAAGAAUGGAUAAAGAGAAAGAAAAGGCUGCACGCAUUGUGUUGGAAAAUGAGAUAUCCAGCUUGAAGUCUGAGAAUUUGUUAUUGACUCAAAAAGGAGGCUCAGUACCGCAACACAUGGAUGAAGAACUUUUACAUCUCAGAGAACGCAUCUUGGAGAGUGAAAAGGAGAUAAAUUGCUUAAGAGAGCAGCUUCAGAUGAAAUGCAACACUGACCAAGAAUUAAGUAAUCUAAGAGCACAGUUGCUCAAUGUGGAAACAGAAAAGAAACAUCUAAAGAAGGAUCUUCAAAAAGAGAAGGCUAGAGCAGAUUCGGAGAAAAAACGUGCUGAUCAAGUAUUGAAAACUGCAAAAUCUGAGCAGACUGAAGUUAAAGCUCUCAAGAAUGAGAAAAAUACUAUGAAUGAUUUGUCUUCUCUAAAGUCCAAGAAUCAAAAUUUGGAAGCAGAAAUAAGUCGGCUUAAAGAACUUCUUGAUAAGGAGAAAAAGCGAGCGCAGUCUGAGACAAAGAUAGCCGAAACCGAGAAGAGAAAUGCUAAUAAAGUGAAAGAAAUGUUAAAGGCAGAACAAAGUAGAGUCGAGGAGCAUAUAAAAUUGGUUGACGCUGAAAGGAAAAAAGCCGAAGAGUUUUCACAUCAGCUGCAAAAGUUAAAGUGUGAGGCAGAUGAAGUAAGAUCAAAGUUGGUUUCAGAGAGCUCAAAGAUCAAAGAGGCAAACAAGAAGAAGCUUGAGUCUGAAAGGAAAAAGGUAAUCAAAGAGAAAAAGAAAGCCGAAGAACAGCAAAAGAUUGCAGAAAUGAGUACAAAACAUGCUUUGGAGGAAAAACACCGUGCUGAUAGUUUUAAACAGCAGUUGGAAGAGUAUCAGAAAAAAUAUGUUAGUUUGAAGAAAGAUAUGGAGGAACUAAAAAUUGGGAACUGUGGGCAAGUUAAUCAGAACACAAAUCAAGUGAGAAACGGCUCACGUUUAGACAUCGAAAGAGAAGCAGAGCUGAAGAAGGCUGUAGAGAUGUAUAAAUUGCAGGCUUUGGCAGAAAAGUCUCGUGCUGAUGAGUUAGCUCAGAAGCUAGAAAUUACCCAAAAAAGGACACGAAAUGCUACUAAAGAGAUUCAGGAUCUUGUUCCUUCCAAAAGUUUAAUGAACCCUAUCAUGGAUGCCGAAAUGAAACUUCUGAAGAAAAGAUUGAAGCUUGAAAAGGCGAGAGUAAAGCAUGGCAAUCAAGUGGCCGAGCAUGAAAAGAAGUGUAAAGAAACAGUGGAAGAAGAACUUCAUCAACUAAAGCUGGAGUUUGCUCGGUUUUCAAAUCGUGUAGGCCUCUGUAGCUGUCUUGCUAUCUGCAAUGAAGGUAAAUCUUGCAUGGAAAAGAGCGGUAAUAUGAACUCAAAGAGGAAGUAUAUGCACCCUGAGAGCAGAAUAGAACUUAUGAAGCCUACUUGUGCAGCCACAAAAUCUUCUGAAUAUUGUAAAACAAGUUUACCAAGUCCUGCUCUGUCACUUCCUAUAUCUGGAACUUGUACCGAAUCCACCUCAGGUACUGCCUCUAAAUUGGAGCCUCUGCUUGGAGGCUCUAACAGAAAAAAUUUAGACAGUUCUGCCCUUGUUUCAAGUAUGUCAUCUUUUUCUGAUCGACAGUUGGUGGGCGCUCAGGGAAAUUGUCAUUUUUCUUACUCAAAAGAGAAUUCCAAUCUACAGUUGCCUAGUAUUGAUAAUAUUGUCAAAAGUCCUCUUGGAGUGAAGAACAAAGAGGGAAACACCAGGAAAAGGAAGCGGCUAAAUGCAAUUGAAUCUAAUGAGCAUUUGUAUGUUGAGGGUGAAACAUUGCAUGCAAAAAUAGCAAAGAAUAUAUCUGCAUUGCAUGGUAUAUCAGGUCUAAAUGAUAAACCAUUGAAAGAAGGAACGCCUAUUGAUCAAAAUGAAGAGCAGGGUAUAAGAAUUGUCAGAGGCGAAGAUGGAGUGAAGGCUACUCAUACACACAACAAUGAUCUCAACACUUUUAACAGAAUGUUUGAUGUUGAUUACAUGAAAUUACUUAAUUUGGACAGUGAAAUUGACGAGGACAGAUACCGUGCUGCAGUUGAAAGGCCACUCUCACCUACCCUUCCAAACGUUGAGUUUGAAAUGAUCCAAUCAGAUGAUCUAGAUGAUUGUAGGCCAUCCGUAGCUAAUAACAUGUCAACUGUUGAGCCUUAUGGUGAUACCUCUGAGAUCCCUGGGAUUGUUGGAUCUGACAACCAUGCUUGUAUAUAUCAGGACCAAGAAUCUAUUGCGGUGACGGGAACUUCGUAUUUAGGACAUAAGGGGGCUAAGAUAUAUGGAAAUGGAUCUAGAUCCGCAUGUGAUGAUUCUGGUCAGUGUGUUGUUGUAUUUCCAGAAUUCAGGGACAGCGGCAGUCUUGCUAAGAUAUUUCACAUAACGAAAACAUUUACGGAUCGGUGCUGUGCGUUUUCUCAGAGUGAUUACGCAUUCAAAAAUGUUUUGUCGGCUUUUUCUACGGAUGAAAUUCUUUCCCCGAAGGAAAUGGUCUGUCUGUUCUUCACUCUGUUUAUUAAGAGCUUCUCGGGAAUUGCUUUGACUAACUUCAACAACAUACGCGAUGGGAGUUUUAUGAACUGUUUAGAUAUCUUUUCUGGACAAUUGAGGAAAGUGAUGUGUGAUAUCGAGACAAGAAAGAUAUUUACGGAAGUAGUGGACUUGGAUGAACUUAUCACUCUAAUUCAAGAUUUUAUUUGUAACAAAAGAGUGCUGUUCUGGAUUGAUACAAAAUCUGAGACGCUGUCCUUACCUGACUAUAAAGCUUCAUUGCAUCAGUUGGUGCUUGGGGCAGCCCUUUUAGCAUCAAUUUGUGCAGCUUUUGACCGUAUUGAUUCUAUAUGUGAGGCAUUGUGCGUCAUUUCUGACAUCACCAGUUCUUCAACUUUGACAUCUCUGCAUGUGUUUGCUUAUGUAUGCGGGGAAAAGUUGUUAAACCAUGGUGACUACAAUUUAUUAAUGACUGUAAUAAAAUCUUUAGUUACAUACUGUGAGAGGGAAAAUCUGUCAUCAGGCUUUGCUCCAUGCGCCAAGUGUCCAUUUUCAGAUUGCGCUGUUUCCAUGGAAGAACUUGCAUCGCUUCUUUUGAAGAAAGUUAGUGGCUACUGUACGCACAAGCACAUGAUGUCGACACACGAAUUAAUAACUGUUGCUGACGAUACUUUAUCCAAUUUGCGUGAUGUUCUGUCCCUAUUGGAGCUGUUGGCAUCUAAUAUGAGAUGGGGUUGGGUUUGUGAGAAUAUUAUCAGUCAGUUGUUGGGACUUGUGGAAGUAUGUGCUCUGGAAACUCCUUUGGCUGCUGUUUUUGUUCUGCUAGGCCAAUUGGCAAGACUUGGCAUUGAUGCUAAUGGAUUCGAAGACACACAAGUUGAGAAUAUUAGAGUCAAGUUGAGUUCAUUCAUAUCCCAGAACACCUCUUAUAAAAUUGGUUCACCAAUCCAGUUUGCUGCUGUAAAUGCUUUAUUGGGUACAAUGCCAUCUCACAGUUUCCAAGAAAUUUGCAAGAAUAGCUUAGAGCUGCUACCUCAUGUAAUUUCCCCAACUGCAACUAGUUCUAUACAGAAGUGGUUUUCUUUACUGAGUGAUGAGCAGAAAUCGUUGUCAGUUAGACUCUUAACUGUCGAUGUUUCAUAGCUACGUAUUUUGUAAUUUAAACCAAUCAAUUUUGUAGUGCUAGUGGCAACAGAUUUUGUCGAGUUUGACGGUUAAUUGAUUCAAUGGCAAUCACUUCUGCUGUAGCCUUUUGCAAUUGCUGGUCCGCACAAAUUCAUGUUGUAUGGAACGCUUUGAUAUAUGAAUCAAUAGAUGUGAGUUCCAUUUGUAAA